UACUAUAUGCAAUAGUAAAUAAGGACGCCUGGUGGUGCUGCAGGCUAGGAGUAGGAAUGAAUGGCUCUGUGGCUACCCGGGAAGCCAUUAAGCUGGGAAUCAGAACUCUGAAUGCUUUCUAAAAGACGGAAGCAUUUUACAUAAGAUCUAGAGGCAGAGAUCUCCAGAGAAGGGCAUCGUUCUACUGCAGGUCAGUCAGAAAGAUCUAAUUCGAGUUUAUUUAAUGAAAUCAUCUGGGUUGAUUGCAUACGGAGUUGAAGAAACUGCACGUUCUUGAACCGGGUCUGAACAAUGGAGACUGCACCAGCAAAAACGCUACAGAAAAGGCAAGUUAUCUUUCUUGCUAUAUUGUUGCUUUUGUGGGAGGCUGGCUCUGAAGCAGUUAGGUAUUCCAUGCCAGAAGAAACAGAAAGUGGGUCUUUUGUGGCCACCCUGGCAAAAGACCUGGGGCUCAGGGUGGGGGAACUGGCCACUCGGGGCGCGCGAAUCCAUUACAAAGGAAAUAAACAGCUCUUGCAGCUGGAUGUAACGACCGGGAAUUUGCUUCUAUGUGAAAAACUAGACCGGGAGGUGCUGUGUGGGGCGACCGAUCCCUGCAUACUGCAUUUCCAACUAUUACUGGAAAACCCGGUGCAGUUUUUUCAAGCUGAUCUGCAGCUCACAGAUAUAAAUGACCAUUCCCCAGAGUUCCUCGAGAGGGAAAUGCUCCUAAAAAUCCCAGAAAACGUCCAGACAGGGACUGUGUUUCCUUUGAAAAUAGCUCAGGACUUUGACAUAGGUAGCAACACUAUUCAGAAUUACACAAUCAGCCCCAACUCCCAUUUUCAUGUUGUCACUCAUAAUCGCGGAGAUGGCAGAAAAUACCCAGAGCUGGUGCUGGACAAACCGCUGGAUCGGGAGGAAGGGCCUGAGCUCAGUUUAACCCUAACGGCACUGGAUAGUGGGGCUCCGCCCAGGUCCGGGACCACUGCAGUCCGCAUUGAAGUCGUGGACAUCAAUGACAACGCCCCUGAGUUUUUACAGUCGGUCUAUGAGGUACAGAUUCCGGAGAACAGCCCCCUAAACUCCUUAGUUGUCGCUGUCUCUGCCCGAGAUUUAGAUGCAGGAACGAAUGGGAAUGUAGCCUACGCUCUAUUCCAAGGUGAUGAAGUUACUCAACUAUUUGUAAUAGACGAAAUAACAGGAGAAAUUCGUCUGAAAAGGGCAUUGGAUUUCGAGUCAACUCGAUAUUAUAACGUGGAGAUUGCAGCCACAGACGGCGGGGGCCUUUCAGGAAAAUGCACUGUAGUUAUAGAGGUGGUGGAUGUGAACGACAACGUCCCUGAACUGACCAUGUCGACGCUCACCAGCUCUACCCCAGAAAACUCCCCAGAGACUGUGGUGGCCGUUUUCAGUGUUUCUGAUCCGGAUACCGGGGACAACGGUAGGAUGGUUUGCUCCAUCCAGAAUGAUCUCCCCUUUCUCUUGAAACCCACAUUCAAAAACUUUUACACCCUAGUGACCGAGAGGCCACUGGACAGAGAGAGCAGAGCGGAAUACAACGUCACCAUCACCGUCACAGAUAUGGGGACACCGAGACUGAAAACCCAGCACAACAUAACCGUGCUGGUGUCCGACGUCAACGACAACGCCCCCGCCUUCACCCAGACCUCCUACACCCUGUCCGUCCGCGAGAACAACAGCCCCGCCCUGCACAUCGGCAGCGUCCGCGCCACAGACAGAGACGCGGGCGCCAACGCCCAGGUCACCUACUCGCUGCUGCCGCCCCUCGACGCGCACGUGCCCCUGGCCUCCCUGGUGUCCAUCAACCCGGACAACGGCCACCUGUUCGCCCUGAGGUCCCUGGACUACGAGGCCCUGCGGGCGUUCGAGUUCCGCGUGGGCGCCGCCGACCGCGGCUCGCCCGCGCUCAGCAGCCAGGCGCUGGUGCGCGUGCUCGUGGCGGACGACAACGACAACGCGCCCUUCGUGCUGUACCCGCUGCAGAACGCCUCGGCGCCCUGCACCGAGCUGGUGCCCAGGGCGGCCGAGGCGGGCUACCUGGUGACCAAGGUGGUGGCGGUGGACGGCGACUCGGGCCAGAACGCCUGGCUCUCGUACCAGCUGCUCAAGGCCACGGAGCCCGGGCUGUUCGGCGUGUGGGCUCACAACGGCGAGGUGCGCACGGCCCGGCUGCUGAGCGAGCGCGACGCGGCCAAGCACAGGCUGGUGGUGCUGGUCAAGGACAACGGCGAGCCGCCGCUGUCGGCCAGCGUCACGCUGCACGUGCUGCUGGUGGACGGCUUCUCGCAGCCCUACCUGCCGGCCCCGGAAGCGGAAGCGGCGGACGCGGCGCCGGCCGCCCCUCUCACCGUCUACCUGGUGGUCGCCUUGGCGUCGGUGUCGUCGCUCUUCCUCUUCUCGGUGCUGGUGUUCGUCGCGGUGCGGCUGUGCAGGAGGGGCGGGGCGGCCUCGGUGGGUCGCUGCUCGGUGCCCGAGGGCCCCUUUCCGGGCCACCUGGUGGACGUCAGCGGCACGGGGACCCUGUCCCAGAGCUACCAGUACGAGGUGUGUCUGACGGGAGGCUCCGGGUUAAAUGAGUUUAAAUUCUUGAAGCCGAUUCUCCCCAACCUCCCACCCCAGGGCGCUGGUGAAGAAAUAGAGGAAAACGCCAACUUCCGGAAUAGCUUUGGAGUCAGUUAGGGAUCUCAUCAUGAUGCAAGGUAUUUGUCAUUUAUCUCUAAU